GCUGUCCGAGCGUGCGGCCGUGGAGAACUCAGGAGUGGGAGAUCGCCGGGGGUGGCGGGGACGCGAGCAGCGGUUGCGUGGGGUGCAGGGCAGACGGCCGCACCGCUUCACCUUCCUCGCGGAGCCCGGAGCCGACUUAGAGCUACUACAGUGAGGCGACAGCCGCGGCGCACACCCGAGAAGAAGCGGCCGUGGCGGCGGUGGCCGCGGCCCCAGCCAUGCUGUGCUAUGUGACGAGGCCGGACGCCGUGCUGAUGGAGGUGGAGGUGGAGGCAAAAGCCAACGGCGAGGACUGUCUCAACCAGGUGUGUAGGCGAUUGGGGAUCAUAGAAGUUGAUUAUUUUGGACUGCAGUUCACCGGCAGCAAAGGUGAAAACUUAUGGCUGAAUCUGAGAAACCGGAUCUCCCAGCAGAUGGACGGGCUGGCACCUUACAGGCUCAAACUGAGAGUCAAGUUCUUUGUGGAACCCCAUCUCAUCUUACAGGAGCAGACCAGGCAUAUCUUUUUCUUGCACAUUAAAGAAUCCCUCUUGGCAGGCCACCUCCAGUGUUCCCCUGAACAGGCAGUGGAGCUUAGCGCCCUCCUGGCCCAGACCAAAUUCGGAGACUACAACCAGAACACUGCCAAGUACAGCUACGAGGACCUGUGUGAAAAGGAGCUCUCCAGUGCUACCUUGAACAGCAUUGUUGCGAAGCAUAAGGAGCUGGAGGGUAUCAGCCAGGCUUCGGCAGAGUACCAAGUUCUGCAGAUUGUGUCAGCGAUGGAGAAUUAUGGCAUAGAGUGGCAUGCUGUGAGGGACAGCGAAGGACAGAAACUCCUCAUUGGGGUUGGACCUGAAGGCAUCUCAAUUUGUAAAGAUGACUUUAGUCCUAUUAACAGGAUAGCUUAUCCUGUGGUGCAGAUGGCCACCCAGUCAGGAAAGAAUGUCUACUUGACCGUUACGAAGGAGUCUGGGAACAGCAUCGUGCUCCUGUUUAAAAUGAUCAGCACCAGGGCGGCCAGUGGUCUCUACCGGGCCAUCACAGAAACGCAUGCGUUCUACAGGUGUGACACAGUCACCAGUGCCGUCAUGAUGCAGUACAGUCGUGACUUGAAGGGCCACUUGGCAUCUCUGUUUCUCAAUGAAAACAUUAACCUUGGUAAGAAGUAUGUCUUUGAUAUUAAAAGAACAUCCAAGGAGGUGUAUGACCAUGCCAGGAGGGCUCUGUACAACGCCGGCGUUGUGGACCUUGUCUCACGAAGUGACCAGAGCCCUCCCAGCUCACCCCUGAAGUCCUCCGACAGCAGCAUGAGCUGCAGCAGCUGUGAGGGCCUCAGCUGCCAACAGACCAGAGUGCUACAGGAGAAACUGCGCAAGCUGAAGGAAGCCAUGCUGUGCAUGGUGUGCUGUGAGGAGGAAAUCAACUCUACCUUCUGCCCCUGUGGCCACACUGUGUGCUGUGAGAGCUGUGCUUCCCAGCUGCAGUCGUGUCCAGUCUGCAGAUCACGCGUGGAGCAUGUCCAGCAUGUCUACCUGCCCACCCACACCAGUCUUCUCAAUCUAACAGUCAUCUAACACGCCCUGCCAUUAAGGGACAUGCCAUGUCCCCACGAGUCAAUCCGACUGUCAUCUAAUGCAUCCUGUGCUUACUGGACAUGCCAGGUCCCCAUGAGCUGCAGUAUUGUAUGUAAACUAUAAGAAUAAGAACCUUGUGAGAAAAUAUCUCACUCUCAACACCCAUCUGCCAUGAGACAUUUUUAGACAGGAAGAAGCAAAGCAAGAAUGCAACCACUCCUGUGAAAAGAAGCCAAUAGCCCAGUGGCAACAGGAAGAGCUCUGGGACAGAGACACAUUCCUUCUAGAACUUUGGGUUGUUUUCUUUUUAAAUGAUCAAGUAAAGGAGUAGAUAAAAUUGUCUUUGUCAGUUAAGUGGCACCAUAGCCCAACAGUGGGUACCUUUUAGGAAAUGAUGUCAUAUGUCUCUUUAACUUCUCCCAAGGCAGCAGAUUUUAUAAGAGUUUUAAAAUUUUCCCUUGGUUCUUUUUGUAUGGUCAUGGAGCGCUGAACAUUUUUAAUAGGAAAUUUUUUUUCUUAAAGAAAUAGUCCUCGUUAUAAUGUCAUUUUUGUCUUUAUAACUCAUUCAAGAAUGACUGGAAAGCUAGCAGACUGAAAAGCAAUCCUAUGACUUCUCAAGGGUUGACAUGUUGUCUUCUUGAAACCAGUGUGGCUGAGAGGAAACAGGUAACUCAACGUGGGCGACUUCUUAGCUCUUCUUUUCCCACACCCUGCAUCCCAUGCCUUUCGGUGAUAAAAUGCUACCAGUUUGGUUAAACGACUUCCAUGGCAUCGGCAAGCACUCCCUGGGCUUUUGAGCUGGUGGAAUAUUUGGAGAUUGGAAAGGAAAAGUUCACAGACAGACAGACAGACAGACAGUGCGAGAGAGGCUCCUGGUGUGCUCAGGCGGCUCUUCACUUCCCCUAAGCACUCAUUCCAGCUCCACCCAUGGGUGUUUCCUUGCUUGAAGAUCAAACCUUCUAUAGCCUUAUCAUAGGUCUCUAGAGAGUGUCUCCUUUUCAUGUGUGUUUUAUUUCGCUUUGUUCCUGUUUUCUUGUCAAUAAUGCUUCUGUGUUCAUUGUGUCCCAGCCCUAUGUCUUUCAGAGGUGGGGUUAGUUUGUUGUUUCCAUAUUCUUAAUCAUAUUUCCAACCCCACUUGGGCAUUUUGGAAGCUAGUGAGCUAGGAGGUUUUCUAGGCUGUCAGGAAACCUAGCUGACCUCAUUGGGUGCAAUACUAGCUAAGUGAAAGCUAGAAACCUACACUGUCACUUUACUGAGAUUUCUGAGUCUACGUUUCAUAUUGCCUUAAUGUAGCAGUAAUGUGUUUAUGCAUUUGUUUCUUUGCACAGACAUUUUGUCAGAUAUUAAAACUCUACUUUUUUAUGGCACAUAUUAGCAUAUAAGCCUUUAUUCCAAGAGGUAUUUAUUUUUUCACUUGUAAAAAAAAUAAUGUUUCCACAUUUAAAAAAAUAAACAAAACUCUGUUAUAUCCUAGAGGACUUCUGCCUUUUAUAUUCAGGAUAAUAAAGACUUUAAAGCA